CCAGCCGCUCGCUCACGCAGCUUCACUUCGUCGCUUCAGUCUGAGCUUGUGCGGUCCUGUGAACACAACGCGGCGGUUUAACGGUACAACGGAACGGUAUAACGGUACUUCGGGUGAAAGCUGGGCGCUAGGUGCCAAAUGUAGGGGAAAAUUGCAUGUGCCAUUAAUGUGAGGAUAUUUGUGUGAGGAUAAAACCACUGGAUUUUCACCACCUCUCCCCCGAAAGUCCAGUAAGCAGCCUUCUGCGGGGCCAGAAAAGUCUUUAAGUUUCUGGCCACGUGUUAUCCGGUGUUCCGUUUCAUUUUUUCUUAAUUUUUGAGAUCAACGUUUGUUAUGCAAAUUAUCGCAACAACAAAGAAGUGGACAUCCAGCGUCCAAUCUCCAAAAAACACAUAAAAAAGAGGAACGAAAACUCUGAAACUGGAAGAGAUACUCAGUUUUCUUUUUUUAUAUUUGGAUGCUGCUCCUGCUGCUGCACACAGACAAUGACAGAAAUUUGUCAUCACACACACACAUAUACAAGAACCGCACGCACGGAGAGCGUAGAACAAAGGCAACGGGAAAAAGAUAAAUAAGCUUAGGAGCAGGGAGUGCGAGCGGGAGAGGAAGUGUGGAAGCAAGGGGGCUAGUGCGUCCUCCGCCCCACUCACUCACGCACUUGACUGAACAUUAAACUCUAUAGUUUUUUGUGGAUCCAAAGAUGGAGAUUUUGGACCGUUAUCCUCGCCGGCAGCCGCAUAUCGUCGGCAUCUACGUGCUCCAGCUACACACACAGCUGUAAAAUCCGCAUUCGCAUUCGCAGUCGCAUCCGCCAUUCGCCAUCCGCCAUCCGCAAUUUUUGACAGCUGUCAGCGUGAAAGAACGCGUGUGUGCGUGUGUGCUGGCACAGUUAUUUCCACUUGGCGGCAAGGUCAGCGCGACAUGCAAAUUGAAAAGCGCCGCUCGGGCAAAAACAAAGGCCAUAGAAUGCCCACCACCACCAACAACAACGACAUCAGCUACGGGAGGAAAAACGACAACAACAACAAAAAUAGCAACAACAGCAAGAACAACAUCAUCUAACGAAAAUGUUUGAGAAAUAUGUCGCCACAUAUGUGCGCGCGUGUGAGCAAGUGAAAUUAAAAUUCCCGCAUGCCUAAUGAAUUCGCCCGCUCGUUCGCCAUCCCUCUCCCACGACAACCGUUAUGCGUGUGUGUGCCAGUGUGUGUGCGUGUGUGUCACUGACUUCGGAAUGACAACAAAAGCUACAACCACAUUAGCAGCUACAACUAAAACAAUGGCUUGCUAAGCUGUCUGAGUGAGUGAAAAAAAGUAUAGAAGAAGAAGAGCAAGAGAACGACCAAGAGAGAAAGAGAGCGAGAGAGAAAGAUAGGUGAAGAAAGGACGAAAGCAAAAGUGAAACUUGCAGCAAAGAAAGGAGGAGGAGUGGCCAUAGCGGAGGACACUGGGUGCUGGGAGCAGAAGGAUCGGCGGCCAAGCGACGACAAUCGUUGGUAUGUCCACAGCCAAAAGGCUGGUGCUCUCGCUACGUGGACGCAAGAAUUCGCAGGGCAACUCGGCGACCUCCUCCACCCGCCUGGUAUCCGCCGGCACCUCGCCCGGCCAUGAGCUGGAUGAAAUAGCCGUGGUCUCGGGCACAGGAUCCAGCAGUCACCACUUCUCCUAUGGCGGCUGCCUUGCCACCGGCGACGCGCCUCUGCCGCGCUACUCAACAGCUGCCACGCCCACUUUGAGGCGUUCAACGGCCAUAGAUGGUGAUGCAGAUGCAGAUGCAGACGCAGACGCAGAUGGUAAUGACAACGAAAACCAUGUCAAUGGUUAUAGCGAUGAUGAUGACGAUGAUGAACGAUGGCUGAGAGCUCCGAGGUCUCAGAAGGUUCAGAAGGCUCAAACUCAGGCUUAUGCCGCUCACAAUGACAGGCCGCAGACCAAAACAACAGGCGCAAUACGUCAAAACAACAACGGCAGCAACAAGAGCAACAGCAAGAGCAAGAACAGCAACUGCAACAGCAGCAGCCACUGCAACAGCAGCAGCAACAAUUACAAAUCAGCAACAACAUCUCAGUCAAACAUAAACCAUAGAUUAGCGCCGAGGGCUAGCUUUCCGGAGAUAAUGCAGCCACGCCUGUCGCUCAAUGGGCUGCUCAACCCCUCGCUGAUGCCCUCGCCCCGCCCCCUCUAUCGGGAUCACAGCUCGAGGUCAAUCAACCCACUGACCGCCUAUGAGCAGCAGAUGGCCGAGCUGGAUGGCAGCUUCUAUGCAAGCAAUGCCGGCUACUUGGGCGCCGGAAUGGGCGGCAGUGCCGGCGGUGGCACCACCUGUACAAAUCUCACUGUGGGCGGUGGUUCGACUGGUGGCGGCGGUCCAAUGGCGGGUGGUGGUGGGACUGCAACCCAAGUGGGUGGCAGUGGCAGUGGCAGUGGACAUGGCGGUGGAGGUGCAGGUGGAGGAGGUGGUGGUGUUGGUGCCGCCAUACACACAACCGAACUCUCAAUUACACCCACAAUGGCCGGCGAUGAGCAGUUCAUCGAUCUGGGGAGCUUGCGUCGCUUCUCGAUCGAUCGCCAGAGCUUUCUCGAUCUAGGACCAAAGUUUGGCAUGACCCAGCCGAAAUUCGGGCAGAGUGUCUCGCAACAAGGUUUCUUCACAUCGCACGACAGCCUGGCCACACCAUGCGCCUCCAGGGCCUCCAACUCGCACAUGGCCACCGUAAGCACUGCCUCAGAAAUGGAUCUUCUGCACAACAAGCAACGCAACAAGUCGCGGGGUCGCCUGAAAACGGCUGCCAGCGGCGAUCAGCCGCUCCUGGGCACAUGGAACCGAUCCACGGGACGCGGCUCGCAGGAUAACACGCUGGCCGGCGGCGGAGCCACCAGUUUGGCCAUGGGCGGCCACAACCAGUACGGUGGCAACUACUGCAACGGCACAGAUCGCUACCCGCGCUCCCGAUCGCAGCAGCAGGGGCACCACAAUGCCGCCCAGCAGGCGCACCACCCCUACCAGCUGCAGCACUCGGCCUCCACGGUGUCGCACCACCCGCACGCACACGGUCCACCCUCGCAGGGUGGCCCUGGUGGACCAGGACCGCCCCACGGCGGCCAUCCGCAUCAUCCGCACCACGGUGGUGGUGGGAGUGGGGGCGGUAGUGGACCUGGCUCUCAUGGUGGACAGCCGCAUCACCAGAAGCCACGGCGAACGGCCUCGCAACGGAUUCGAGCCGCAACGGCGGCCAGGAAGCUGCACUUCGUCUUUGAUCCGGCGGGGCGACUGUGCUACUACUGGUCCAUGGUGGUGUCCAUGGCCUUUCUGUACAACUUCUGGGUGAUAAUCUACCGCUUCGCCUUCCAGGAGAUCAAUCGGCGCACGAUCGCCAUCUGGUUCUGUCUGGACUACCUGUCCGACUUUCUGUAUCUGAUCGAUAUACUGUUCCACUUUCGCACCGGAUACCUGGAGGACGGGGUGCUGCAGACGGACGCUCUCAAGCUGCGCACCCACUACAUGAACUCGACGAUCUUCUACAUCGACUGCCUGUGCCUGCUGCCGCUGGACUUUCUCUAUCUGUCCAUCGGCUUCAAUUCGAUUCUGCGCAGCUUCCGGCUGGUGAAGAUCUACCGGUUCUGGGCAUUCAUGGAUCGCACCGAGCGGCACACCAACUACCCGAACCUGUUCCGGAGCACGGCCCUCAUCCACUACCUGCUUGUGAUAUUCCAUUGGAACGGCUGUCUCUACCACAUCAUUCACAAGAACAAUGGGUUCGGAUCGCGCAACUGGGUCUACCACGACUCGGAAUCGGCGGACGUGGUCAAGCAGUAUCUGCAGAGCUACUACUGGUGCACCCUGGCCCUGACCACCAUCGGGGAUCUGCCCAAGCCGCGCUCCAAGGGCGAGUACGUCUUUGUUAUCCUGCAGCUCCUCUUUGGCCUUAUGCUCUUUGCCACGGUGCUGGGGCACGUGGCCAACAUUGUGACGUCAGUGAGUGCAGCGCGCAAGGAGUUUCAAGCCAAGCUGGAUGGCGUGAAGACGUACAUGCGGAUGCGACGUGUGCCGAAUCAUCUGCAGGUGAAGGUCAUCAAAUGGUUCGAUUACCUGUGGCUAACGCAAAAAUGCUCGGACGAGGAGCGCGCCGUGUCCUGUCUUCCUGAUAAAUUAAAGGCUGAAAUAGCAAUUAACGUCCAUUUAGAUACGCUCAAGCGGGUGGAGAUUUUCCAAAACACUGAGGCCGGUUUCCUAUGCGAACUGGUGCUGCGCCUGAGGCCCGUGCUCUUCUCGCCCGGCGACUACAUCUGCAGAAAGGGCGAGGUGGGCAAGGAGAUGUACAUUGUGAACCGAGGACGAUUGCAGGUGGUGGCCGACAAUGGAAAGACGGUGAUGGCCUCCCUGAAGGCUGGUUCCUAUUUUGGCGAGAUUAGUAUACUCAAUAUGGGCACCGCAGGUAAAGAACUUGGCAACCGACGCACAGCCAGCGUUCGCUCAGUGGGAUACAGCGACCUCUUCGUCCUGAGCAAGAAGGACAUGUGGGACGUGCUGAAGGAGUAUCCGGCGGCGCGUGUUCGUCUGGAGUCGAUAGCCGUCAAGCGAUUGGAGAAGUACAAGAAGGCCCCGCUGGAAAAAGUCAAAUACUUUAAUGUAGUUGCCAUGGGCCGUUGCCAAUCGACGCCGGGCCUGGUCGAGAGCUGUGGUCGAACGUCUCUGGAGGAGAUGUGGCUGCCACCGGCGACGGCCGCCGCAUCCUCGCUGCUGCACCACCACCAGGCGCUCCAGCAGCAGCAUCUGGCAUCCCAGCAGCAGCCGCAUCGACAGGAGUCAACACAAACCUCCUCCCAGACACAUGGAUACAGCUAUGCCGAUCGUUUAGUCCGUGCCACGGACUCCCCCAGAUCGGUUAGCCCCAGUGCCCACGGGUCCGAGGAACGGCCACGUAGUCGAACGACUUCGCAUCACUCAAUAAGGCCGCAAUCGCAGCCCAGCCACACGGGUCACAUUUGCGACUCCAGUUCGCAGCUGGAGUGCUAUGGAGCGGGUGUGGGCGGUGCUGGUGGCGGAACCACGCCCCUUUUGGGCUCCCACGAAGUUCUCGAGGACGAGAUCAAGCGGCUGAGGGAACGCCUGCACACGGUGGAAUCGGAGAAUCAGGCCCUGAACACGAAACUCUCGCAGCAGCAAUGGGAUCUGGAGAAUAGACUGGCCGAGAUUGAGAUGCAAAUCUGCGGAGUGUCGUCGACGUCCAGUGUGGAUCCCGAGAAUGAGACGGAGGAGCUGGAACGGAACAGAGAGAGUAUCAUUUAACACGGGAGCGUGCUGCCCCAUCAGGCGAUCGGUAUGGUGUACAUAUCAUGUUCCUCAUGACUCCACGAUCAUCAUUGAUCAUCCGACAACUGAGUGUGCAUCCGGCGAUCGGGCGAUUUGGAUCAUUACACCGCAUCAUAUCGCAUCUAACUCUCGCUUCCCAAAUCUCCCACUCUCUAUCUGUCUCGUAUUUGUGUUUCUUCCUCUCCCUCUCUCUCUCCCACCCACUAACUGUGCUUUGUAUUUGUGUGUAUGUGUGUGUGAUGCAUGCAUUCCAAAUUGCCUUACUAACGAAAACCAAAUAUAAAAAAAAAAAACAUAAACAUAACCAGGAGCAGCAGCAGCUAUACAGCAGCAGGAGGAUCGCAGGGAUCGGGAGAGGAAGGAUCAAGGGCGACCAAUCGAGAGGGAAACGGGAAACGAGUCCUUUGCCAAAUACUUCUCGCUUUAGAGAUUCACACAGACAGAGAGAGAUAGAGAGGGGAGGACAGGGCGCCAGAUAAACCCAAUCCCCAAGAUGUGCAAUUAAUGUCUCUUAUGAUUAUGAUCAUAACGCCACACCAAGAGUAAAAAAAAAAAUAAAGCCGAAAAUGGCACUGCCAAAGAAAAUUAUCUGUACAUAGGUAUGAUGGAAGUUCAGAUCAAAAUAUAAGCAAAACGAUUGUAAUUGGUUAAGCUAUGCACGAUGGAUCGGAAAGCUUUAAUAGAUUAUCCGAGAGAGAACUUUUUCCAGAACCCCUACAAACUUGUUACCCAACACCAAUACACCUAUACACCUAUACACACUUUUUCCAUACUAAGCUCAGAAAUAGAUUGAGAUUUACAUAGAUAUAUCAUUAGGCCUAGACGCUCUUCGCUCCUUUUACUGGCAACUAAGCCAAAUCGAAACGGGUAUUCGAAUUCCCAUUGUAAAUAACUUCGCUCUAGGAACUCAAUUAGCAUUAUGAUCAAUGAUCAAUGACAUAAGAAUCGAUCAUCUGAAUAAAUAACUAAAGAUUACUUUAAACUCAUGAGUGUAACAAAUGAAUCCGUAUAUCUAUUGUAAUAUUUGCUAACUGUAAUUUGAAAAAUUAAAUUUACUAGAUGUGUAUAUGGGAAACGAUUUACUUUACAACUGAAAAUAAUGCAUAAACAAUUUAUGGACAACUAAGUGAAUAUUUGCAAAAUAUUUGUACUAUUGGAAAAGAACUGCCAGAGCAUACACCACACACUCGAAAAACUAUAUUAAUAAUAAUACUAAUAAUAAUAAUUAACAACAAAAGAAAAACUUAAAAGAAAGCGCUAUAGACAUUUAACAAUUGAUAAAACCAAUAUUAAUGGGUAAAUAUGUCAAAAAGAAAACACUUUUAAUGCAAUAUUAAAUUGUACUACUGUCGUAUAUAGCAUCUACAUUAUACAUGAUCUAAAUUAAACUUGAUAAUGGUAACAAUUUAAAGGUCUAAAUGUAUUUAACUUUAGUUAGUUGCCCCAAGAGCCAAACCAAUGCUGAAGAUUGUAGUUGAGAAAAACCCAAGAUUAAGUUAGACAAGAAGGUUCUGUAGCAGAACACAGAACGCAGUUCGAGAAUCCCCAUAAUAUGGGGGCUGCGAUAAUGAAUUAUAAUAAUAAUUAAUUUAGCUGUAACUCUAGUUAUACCUAGUUAUACCAUUAGAUGUGUACCAGAGAAGACCAAAAAAAAAAAGAUCGAAUCUCGAUCGAAUAUGAAAAUUGUUCAGUGUCAGCUCCCGGAAUAUUGAAAAAAGGCAAACCGAGUUGAUAAUGAAACCUAAUAAUUAUAUAGCUAACUCGAUUAAGAACCUCAAAUUUACAGAAUCAAGAAUGAGCUGGCGUUUGAGCCAGGAUACGUUUGAGUAUCUGCCGAGAAAACGGAAACUGGAACGAAUCUCAUUUCAUGCCAACAAUGAUAUGCCAAAAAAAACUUAAACAAAUUUAAGCUCAAAUUUUGUUACCAUUUUUCUUAGAUUUUUGUCAAUGAGCUAAUGUUAUUUUCGAUUUUCUAGAGAACAAAUAGAUGAAGAAUUCUUUUUCAUAUUUUUCAACCUAAUUACUUUUCGGAAUAUCAUAUAAUGGAUUUAAAAUUAAUUAAUAAUUACAAUAAACAUUAAAUGGGGUUUCAUCUAAGACAAAUGCUUAUACCAAACUAAGAAAAGUGUUAAACGAAAGCUAACGAAAACUUGUAAAAGUCAAUCGUAGUUUUUGAUUCCUUAGUUAGCCAAUUAUUGCCAAAGUUAAAGUUGAAUAAUAUAACUUAAUUGUAUUACAUUUUUAUGGCUUUUUAGCACGCUUAUCGCGGGGCAAAGGCUCCGGCCCUUGUUAGAAUUAUUCAUUCUUAUUUCUUCAAUGUUUUCCGUUAGAGCGCGUAUAUAGACAUAUAUCUAUUUGUUAUUGAACGUAAGAUACAAGGAACUACAUCGAUUCGGUUGUGUUGUUGUCGCCAGGUGCAGGUGGUGAAAUUGCAGGAAGCUGGCGCGUUUAAAUGGCUUACAUAAUUUACUUAUUAAAUUAUUUGGUGCAUGAGAUCUAUGAAACAAAGAAAAGAAAUGAAAAGAAAGCAAAAGAAGAACAUUCAUAGCUUUAUUUUUACUAUAUUUAAUUAAUUAAUUUAUAAGAACUAAAUUGAAUAAAUUAAUUCAGCAUUGACUUCAUAGCAAAAACACACAGAGAAAACAGCAUAGUCCUCAGAUCAUCGGGCAAGAAAAGGCAUUUUUUAAUCGGUCACUAUAAAUCAGAUCAGAUCAGACAAGACCCCGAUUUGCAGAAGGUAAAUCGAGCUUAUCGUGCGAUAGUUUCAAAGCCGUUUACAUUGCUAAACCACUCUGGAAAAUCUGAAAAGGGUAAAAGCAAACACACAAAACAAAAACCAAAUAAAACAAAAUUGAAUUAUAAAGUAAAGCGACAGCAAAACCAGAAAGAAAAACUGAAAUACAAAUAAAAUCAAAACAAAACAAAAACGAA